AUUUCUUUCACCGUUGAAUCUUGAACUUACGGGAGUUCCAGACAACGCACUGCCUGAGGGCAGGUUCACCGGAAUGUCAAGGACACGCCAUACCAGUCCUUACUGGUUCCUAAGUUCAGUCUCCAGUAUGAAUUCGCGUACCCUGGCAUUACCGAUACAGUUUAUCAGCCAGAUCCAGGCGUCCGUACCCCGUGCUUCAGGAUCAGCGACCAGAGGACAAAUGUGCAGUCUUGACCAAGGGAGACCUCUGAGCGGAGGUGUCCAUGUCGCCUUCCAGAAGCAAAAAGAAAGCCUUUCAGACCAUUUUGUUUCCACCCGGCCUGCUCACCUGCCCGUGUCACCGCCACGUCUUUCUCGAUUGGUGGCUUCAGAAAGUUCUGGCACUCUAGCCCACACAUGGAUGACAGCCUUUCCUUGCAAGUGUGCGUGCAUUUCCGUUGAGGCUUCCGUGGGUUCUUAG